AUGGGAAAACCUAAAAUAUUAAUAAAAAAUUUGUAUGAAAUCUUACAGGUAGCUUUUUAAACACCUAAUAAGUAGUCUAAAAAAUUUGAUUGUAUUAGAUGGACAGAUAAUGGAAGAGCUUUUAUAAUUAUUGAUCCUGAAGAAUUUUAGAAAUCCAUUAUGCCAGAAUAUUUUUAUUCAACUCAAAUAAAGUCUCUUUAUCGAUAAUUAAAUUCAUAUGGAUUUAAGAUGAGAAGUUUAGAGAUUAAUUAAAAAAUGUUUUCCCAUAAAUGGUUUAUUUAAGGAAAUAUGUAUUUCGUGUGUCUUUAUUAUAAAGAUCAUCACUUUAUAAGGUAGAGAGAUAGAGAACAAGAAGCAUUGCUCAUUUAGAUAAAGAGAAAGAUUCGAUUGUUAUUAUUAGAGAGGAAAUGAAGCAGUUAAAAGAAGAAUUAGAAACCUUAUAAAGCUAAUAAAAUUCUAUAUUAAAAUAAAUUAGAAUUCAUUCUAUAAUACAAACCUACAUUUGUAAAAACAUAAAAAAAAUUUGUGACGAAUAAAAGAAAUUCAAUUUAGAAAGAGAAUAGGAAAGACGGCUUGUAAUUUAUUUUACAUCAAUGUUCGAAAUAUUUAAAGGUUUCCAAUUUGAAAUAGCCUCUUAAAUAAUAACAGAAUUAAAAGACAUUGGAGGGCCUUAAACUCCUUAAUUUUCUCCUAUGAUAUUUCCAUAUAUGUGA